UUAGAUUGUAUUUAAGUAUUAAAAUAAUAAUAAAGAUAAUUAAAAAAAAAAUUAUUUAUUAGAAUUGUGUUUUAUUAAUUUUAAGGGUCAAGAAUUGAAAAUAUCAAAAAAGUCAAAGAUACCUUUUUUGUAGAGCGUUAAAUUCCCUACAAAAAAGCUCUUGAUGACUUUUUUCCCAGACCAAUAUUUAAGUGUUAAAUAAAAGUUUUUAACUUAGUCAAUGGUAAUUUACUACGUCGUAUAAAAGUGUCUUAUUAUGAGCUAGUAGGGUAAGACUCACGAAAAGCUGCACGAUUUCACCUAAAGUGCAGGUGUACGUAUACCCUAACGUAACACUAUUGCAGUAUCACCAAUGACAUAAUUUUUGCAACAAUCAUUUUUCAAUAAUUUUGUUUUCCCAAGUAAUAUAUUUAUUAAAACUAAAUGCAACGUGAGUAAAUAUAAGUUAGUCAAUAACGAAAUUUAUUCUUCGAUAAGAUUUCUAAAUUAAGAUUAUCAAUGUUUACAUAUAAAUAAGUACUUCUGUAAGAAAGUUUAUUAGUCAAUAUGAAUUUCCAAUUUUAAAAGAAAACUUCACUAAAAAUAUCAAAUAGGUGGAAACAUAAAAAAUGUUAGGUUAUAAAAUAAAACAUAUUUUGCAUUGUUGUGUAUUUUUGACCAUAAUAAUAGGAGCACUAAAAGUACGAAUAUAUCGUUAUUUGAGUGGGAAUGACAAAAGUGAUUAUUCUACCUUUACAAUAUUAUUCAAUUGUAUUAAACUGGCGACAUUAAUUUCGCUGCCUCAUAUGUUAUUCAAUUUUCUCGGCCUAAUACUGUACGAUGCGUUUCCGGGUAAGGUUAAGUUAAAGGGCUCGCCAUUGUUGGCGCCAUUUAUAAACAUACGGGUAGUGACCCGCGGGGAUUAUCCGCAAUUGGUUAAAACGAAUGUGAAGCGUAACUUGAAAACGUGCAUGGACGCGGGAUUGAAGAACUUCCAGAUAGAAGUCGUCACUGGCAAGCCGAUUGGGUUGAUGUCGCACAGAAGAAUCCGGGAACUAGUGGUUCCGAACGAGUACCAGACCAAGACCGGGGCCUUAUUCAAAGCACGCAACCUACAGUACUGCCUUGAGGACGGGGUCAACGAGCUAGCUGAUCAUGACUGGAUCGUCCAUCUUGACGAAGAAACGCUUCUUACUGAGAACUCGAUCUACGGGAUCCUCAACUUUGUCCUCGAUGGCAAGCAUCCUUUCGGCCAGGGUCUCAUCACUUACGCAAACGAGACCGUCGUCAACUGGAUCACCACCGUAGCUGACAGCAUCAGAGUCACUGAUGACAUGGGGAAGCUCAGGUUCCAGUUCCAUACGUUCCACAGGCCACUGUUUAGUAUAAAAGGUUCCUUCCUCGUUGCUCAGACUGGUGCCGAGAAACACGUGUCCUUUGACAAUGGGCUAGAUGGUUCCAUAGCCGAGGACUGUUUCUUCGCACUGAAGGCUGACAGCCUCGGGUACACCUUCGACUUCAUCGAAGGCGAGAUGUGGGAAAUGUCUGUAUUCACAAUAUCCGACUUUAUCCGACAGCGUACGCGUUGGAACCAUGGUAUCUACUUAGUCAUAACCUCCAAUCUCAUUCCUCUAAAAAAUAAAAUAUAUGUCGUCUUUAUGUGGACCUCAUUGCAAUUAUUACCUUUAGCAAUUACGUGUGGCUUACUACCCUUCAUUAUUAACCUAGAUUACUACAUCCUCAUCGAUUUGCCCGGUAUUUUUAUUCACAUCAUCACAACUUAUACGUACAUCUACGGUUCUAUUCAGUCGAUUUCAUUUGAAAAUUACAGUACACUCUCAUCAGUUAUGUUAAAAAUUUUACUGUUAUUUUCACCAGUGACAGUUAUCUUAGAAUGUAUUGCCUUAGUGUGUGCCUUCUUCGAUCGUAAUUACUACAAAUUUUAUGUAGUUAAUAAAGAUCAAUCAGUAGCUAAUCAUCAAGAUUGAUGUAUAUUGAAUAUACUCGUUGAAUAAACGA